UUUUGUACCUGUGUUGUAUACAAUUUCUCGUUGUUGACCUAAAUCAUACCCGGUAUAAAUAGUUAUACUAUAAACUUUACAGCUUUUACAGCGAGGAUCGAAUUCUUGACAAAUAAAUUUUACGUUCACCUUAAAGUGAAAUUUCUAUCAAAAUCUUCACAGUUAGAUGAUAAUGAUUAUCAAGGAUUAGGAGAACUCUUAAGUAAAAUAUAGCACUUAUGGACUGGCGAAUAUUUUACUUCAAAGAUAUGCAGACCUAUUGGUUUGUGUUUAUAGUCUCUUUUAUGUGUAUACAAAACCAAAACUGCUUACCAUGCCAAUCGGACCAAGACAAUUCCGACUAUACAGUAAAUUGUACCGCUACCAUAUUCGCAGAAGAAAACUGUAGCGAUUCAUUUUUGUCUGGACAGUAUGGAGAUCUUUAUGGGCAGUUAAAUUGGCCUGCAAAACCAGAUGAUUUAACGCUGAAACCCAUACAAUUAGAGUAUAGAAAUACAAGUUUACUGUAUCCUGGAUUCUUGGUAGAAAUUAAGCCACCUCGAUCAGGUAUUAUUAAGGAUGUUAAAGGAUUUCAGUUAAAUUAUAAAGAAGAAGAGAAAAACGUGAAGAAAUGUGCCAUUAUUAUCUUUUCUAAUGCCAGUCUAGAUCACAACCACAGAGAGAAUAACUUGAAAGUAGUUGUAAAACUCUGGCCUUUGAAUGGAGGGAAAAACUUCCUUUUUACAGCAUGGAGUUUGCCUAAGCCACCCGAAGACGAAUUAGAUGAAAAGCAAACAAGAUAUGGAAAAACUGGAAAAUAUAAAUGGCGUUUGACAGAUGCCCCUGCUGAUUGGGUUACAACUAUAUCCUAUCAUAACGAUGUAAAGAACAGAUACAUACGAAUCUGGUUUGUUCAUGCACCUGAUGAAUAUUCAUUUUCUGAAUAUAUGGUCACAUUAGAAAUGAUAAUAUCGGGAGAGGAUACCAACAAAGAACAUCGAGAUGUAAUUGAAGAACAUAGGAUUUCAAAAGCAGAUUACACAUUCUUAAACGUAAAACAAGGAAGAUACAGAGUAUUUGUUCAGGCCUAUGAUGAUAAAUGGGACUCGCUGAAUGGUUGUAGAUGUAAAUCAAGUGGAGGAGGAUGUUUUCAAUGUGUAAAAACAAUGACAGCCGUCAUAGUCGUACCCAGAAGUGAAGAUGUAGUGAUGACAUCCGAACUACAGUCAUCAACAGCAACGAAUUCACAAUCACAACAGACAGAGGUGGUAACUGACCAAACAGUUAACCAUGUUUUACCGAGCAUUCUUGGUUUUGUUGCUUUUUUGCUUGUGAUAAUAAUAGUUAUUGGUUGUUAUCUUCUUCACAGAGAUAGAGAUCAACCAAAAUAUCAACCUGAACUACCUGUGCACACGAUAAAUCCAAAUCCAAAUAAUUUCUUAACCAUAAAUGAUAGAAACACAUCUUCAAAGUAUGAUGAAACAUCUGUAGAAUCGGCUUGGACAGUGACCCGUAAUGACAUUGAAUUUGUUCCUCCAACAGAGAAUCGAAGUGAGGAUCUCAGUCUUAGUAACCUGAUGGAUCAGGUCCAUGACUUUGAUAAAAACUUCCUACCUGGUAAUGAUAACAAUGAUAUAUCGAGUCUUGGUUUUUGUCAAUGAGCGUUAUGAUGAAUAAUCAUACGUUGACAGUAAUAGACGGUAUCCAAAGGUCUGGCUAUAUUUAGCAUUAUUACGAUAUUGAAAGCAUUAUAAACACAAUACCAAUGACAACCAUGAGACAAUAUCGUAUUCUUGCCAAUCUGUGUUCAUUUAUAUAUCUUUGCCUUCGCUGUAUUAUUAUUAAUAUCAUCAUUAUUAUUAUCAUUAUGUUAUACCAACAAAAUAGUGUUUGUCCAUUUUUUCCUAAAUUGUUAUUUCCUUUUAUUUGACUGAUAAUAGUUUGUUCUUUAAGAUCUUUCAUCUCGUUCUAAUCUGAGUUUUUUUUGUACGAAAAUCUCCUUCCUUAGUCUUUUAGACUAGUGAUAGCAUUAAGUGCAGUAUAGUUGUUAUAAUUAUAUGACAAAUUACUAAAGAAAAAAUCGUAUGACAAAAUAUCUGUAUAUAAACAAUUCAAAUGUCUAAUAUCUGUUUUGUUUUAUAUGAUUUGAUAUAGUAUGCUUUUAUGUUUAGCAUUUAAUUUUAGUAUUUAGUCUUAUUUGUAUAUAAAAACUCACCAAAGAUA